AUGGAGACUGGAGAUCCAGACGAUGUGUUGACACUGCUGCUGCUGGCAUCGCAUCCAAACGUCAACUUGCGGGCUGUGACGAUCACACCAGGAUCAAUGGAGCAGGUUGCCUUGGUUUUGUGGAUGCUCAAAGAAAUUCAAUUGCCAGAAGUUCGUGUUGGUGCGCAAGAAUGGCCGAAGAAUGCAGAGAAGAAGUGCGUGCGCGGCAAAUUCUAUGAUAGCUUUGGCAGAAUUCCAGAACACCUUGUAGAAGGCAUUGAAUCUGCUGAGCAAGUGUUGCUGGAGUCCUGUGACCAAGACACAACCCUCUUGACUGGAGGCCCAUUGCACAACUUGGGCUGUGUGCUGGGGGUGCCGGGCUUCACCCUAGGUCGCUGGGUUGCGCAGGGGGGCUUCGCUGGUGAAGGGGUGGUUCCUUCAGAACUGCAAUUGGAGAAGUUUGCUGGCAAGCGCACUUGCCAAACAUGGAAUUUCAAUGGAAACAUAUCUGCAGCUGAAGCUGCCCUUGAGAGCACUUGCAUUCUGCGAAAAGUCUUAGUUUCCAAAAAUGUUUGCCAUCGUGCAGUCUAUGACAACCGCUUCCACCUGGAUUUUGUGCAAGCUUUGGAGCAGUCAGAAAGGAUUGCCGCACAGACCACACGGGCUGUAGCACUGAAGUUGCUAUGCUCAGCCAUGCAGGCUUACCGGCGAGGUGAAGGCAAGAAGCUCCACGAUCCACUGGCCAUGGCGGCGGUCGUGGAUGAAACUGUUUGUAGUUUCCGAGAGGUCAGGGUGAUCCGUGACAAGCAAGGUCAGAAUGUGAGCCGUGCUGUGUCAACCGCCACCAUCAAGGACUUGCAGAGCUACAAUAGUGUUCUUGAAAUUGCAGAGAUGGAGCAGAUUUUAAACUCCUUUGGCGACAUUGUCACGAAUGCCUCGGACUCCCUGCGACUGCACGAGGAGUGCGAUUUGUUGUCCCUUCGGUUGGACAAGGUCGCUUGGAAUUGGCUUUGGGAUAAUGUGGCGCAGCUUCUGGCCCUUCGGUUGCAGGGUUGUGCAAGAGAUGCCAUGGCUGUUGGGCAAGACUUAGGAUUCUUUGACUCGACUCCCGCGGGCCAAGAGUACUUCAAACAGUCUGACACACGCUUGCAUUUCAUUGUGGAGAAGGAUGACGCGGUCGCCGUGCUUGGCUUCAAAUGGUCCUUGGGCAUUGUUUCCAAGCAACUCGUCAGGACUGUGGCAGAAGGCUCAACCAUCGUGAUGAAGGCCGUGAACGCCAACUCCAAAAAGAUGUUGCAGCGAGCGAUUAGUUGUGCUCCCCGUGGGCAGCGUUUCCAGUGGCUUCUGAAGGUGCAGGUGGGUACGCAGUCAAUAUCUCCACUGUAUUGGGCCAUUCAAAGUGGCAACCUUGCUGCAGCAGAGGCCAUCAUACAAGAUUUGCUGGUCUUCCGGGCCGACCGUGAGAGAUACUACUACGGCAAUGAUGCCCUUUUCGAGCGUCACCAGGACAUCAUCAACUGCUUGUGCCGCGAGGCAGCUUGCAUGGACAACCUCAGCUCAGCUCUUGCAGUUUUGCUUAUGCUGAUGUGCGCCUACGAGCCGAUGUACGUGUGCUUGAUGUCUGAUCCACAAGACUGGCCGACAUAUGAUUGUGAUGGUAUUGAGGAUGUUCGAUGGACGUAUUCAGCUCUAGGGCUGCUUGCUAUGGCAGUGCAUUGGUUCUUGAUGGUUGAUCUUGCCGUCUUCUCAACCGGGCUAUCGGCCUUCGUUCUGGUUUGUGCGCAAGUUCUGAGUGAGAUUGGCCGCUUCCUCGUUGCACUGAUUUUCCUCCUCCUCACGUUUGGAAGUGCGAUCAGUGUGUUGGAGCAUCCAUACUUUGAAAUGCGUGACAUCCCGAAUACGGUGCUGUGUUUAUUUUCGAUCACCAUUUUGCUUUAUGAAGAUGACUACCGACGCCUGGCCUGCAUUGAGCCAGCCUUGCUUACCGCAGUUCUGCUUUUUGUUUUGGCAUCCUCUAUUUUAUUGAUGAACUUGCUAAUUGCCCAGCUCAACAGCAGCUAUGUGUACAUCUACCAGGACAUGGUGGGUUUUGCUCGGUUAAACCGAGCUCAGAAAAUUGUGGAGGCCUUGGCGAACUUCAAUCGCCAGCAUUUUUCGACUUUCAUAAACAGCAUUGGUUUGGAUCAGCCUUUGGAGUUCAACCAGGGCGAUGUUGGAGUGGCGGGCGGCUUGCAGCUUACUGAGCCAGCAAGCGAACACGUUGUCCUGAAGGACUCCAUCCUGCGCUUUGGUGGUUCCUGCUCCAUGGAGCUCGAGUGGCCCGAAGAAUCCAAGAGUCGUGAAGACAAGGACCAAAUAUCAAAAGUGGAAUCUUUGGCAAAGAAGGUCUUGCGCAAAGUCACUCAGGACGACUGGUGA